UCAGAAGUAAAAUAUCAAUUCAAGAAGAAUGAAGAGCUACCCAAGGGAGAGGUUCACCGGCAACUGGUCAAUCCCAGUCGGGGCGGAAAUUUCCCGAUCUGCACCUUGUCAAACCGCACGUGCAGCAGCAAUCCAAGCAGCACUGAACGGUGGAUACGGAGCUUCCCCAACCCACUUCUCUGGAUGACUGAACACUUGGUCUUCUGAAUGAAGCUCCAACAAUGUCUGCCCAACAAUAACCUCAGGGUUUGGCACCGUCUGUCGUCCGUCACCCUCCGGUUCUCUUCAAACCAACUACGCCAACAACGCUGCUUUACCUCCACGACGUCCCGUCCAUAUCGCCCCCUAGAUACCCUCAAGGAUGUCGACAUAGACGACUUCCGCAAGAACUACUUCACUCCGGAACGUCCUACAAUCCUCCCUCGGGGUUCCUUUCGCGAUUUUCCUGCCUUUGAGCGUUGGUUCCAGCCUGCUCCGACCGAUCCCAAUGUGUCUCAGUUGAACACAACAUACCUCGCCCAACAUGGGGCCGACGCCUUCGUUCCGCUGGAACUCACACAGCCAUCCUCCGACAGUACCGAUGAAGCAGGAGCAGACGGGCUCACCUUCCAACAAUUUCACGCGCCGCUGAGUCUGUUCCUUGACUGGAUUCGUACAGCAGAGACGCUCGAGACACAGUCCGCAAGGUUGUAUCUAGCGCAGUGCCAGCUCCUCGACCUCCCGCAGGUACUCCGUGAUGACUUUCCAACACCUGAAUUAGUAGCGCAGGCUGGAAAAGGUGACGUUUACGACACUAACGUUUGGAUCGGACACCCGCCGACGUAUACGCCUCUCCAUCGGGACCCGAAUCCCAACCUCUUCGUUCAGCUCGCGGGACAAAAGGUAGUGAGGCUAUUAUCGCCUGGUGAUGGACAGAAGGUAUUCGGGGCCGUGAGACGGCAGCUUGGACGGACCGCAGGUCGCGAGGCGGCUGCGAUUCGAGGAGACGAAAUGAUGCAGGGUCAAGAAAGAACACUAUUGGAGCAGGCUGUCUGGGACGAGGUGAAAGCUGUGCCGGGGCUAGAUGGGUAUGAAGCACAUCUCGAAGCGGGGGAUGGGAUGUUCAUUCCCCGGGGAUGGUGGCAUAGUAUCAAGGGCGUAGGAACAGGGGUGACGGCAUCGGUAAGUUGGCUUAAGUUGCGCCUAUGACUCUAUCUUACUUAUCUGUCUGACAGGUGAACUGGUGGUUCCGCUGAUCCUCAGCGUGUGAUGGAUACCCAAGUAGACUUGUAGAUAUGGUAAUGCCCGGAGCCAGGAUACAAGCUACACUAAGACAACAAGACAAAAAGAAAAGUAAAUUAAAUAC